AAUUUUUAUAAAUCCGAUGAUACCAUACAGCACAUCACUCUAACCGGUAUAAAGGACGCUAACAAGAACCGUCUCUAGCAAAACGGGGACUUGAAGAGAACGUGAAGAGAACUUGAACUUAACCUUAAAAGCAGCUUGAAGUCAUCUAAAGAAUGUUUGGCCACACUACUGGUGUAACUGUUAGCCUCCUUGUGGCUCUGUGCUCGCUUGCAGUCCAUACCUACGGCCAGAAUGAACCUGAAGUAAACACCAACCUUCUCAGACAGAUCCUUCAGGAAGAUGUAGACUUACUCAGUGAGUUAGAUCAACUCACUAAUGACAAGGAAGACACUGAGUCCGGCGAUUGGCUGCCAGACGGUCCUCCAGAGGACAACGAAAGUGCCGUACAAAAGCGUUUUACUGGAUACGGAUUGAAACUUGCGCAGAGAAAACGUUUCCUUGGACGUUUUACACGACCAGGAAAACGUCAGUUUAGGAGAAACCCACUAAAUAAACGACUAUUUUGUAAUUUUGGUGGGUGUUUUAACGGAAAGCGCAGCGUUCCAUCAGAACCCAAUUUUCUCUUUGUCCGUUGAACAUGAGUGCUUCAAGAGAACAAAACUUUUCAGCAGCGAUUCGAUGAAAGCUCAACCUUGUCUCAUCUAUCAUCAAGGACAUGCUUCAUUAUCAUCUAUUAGAGUGCUUGUUCUAGUUGUAUUUUUACAUUACCUUUUGUUCGUAAUAAAACGUAACCAAAAUACCA